UCCGUGCACACUCCUGGCCGAGACCGGGAGCGAGCGUGCAGCAGCCGUCCAUUAACAGCAACGACACUCCGAAGGACUGCAACAUUGUCAUCGGCUGCCGAGAAGACAUUUUCAACACUGGUUCACUGGAUAAGGGAGUCGCCACGGUCUCUCUCGCAACAAUGCCCCCUCCAAUGCGCCACCGCUCCAUGCGCGUCUUCAUGAACGACGACCGCCACGUCAUGGCCAAACACUCGGUCAUCUACCCAACUCAAGACGAGCUGGAGAGCGUACAAAAGAUGGUGUCCCACUCGGAGCGGGCCCUCAAGGCCGUCUCCGACUGGCUGGAUAAGCAGGAGAAGGUACCCCCGAUGUCCGACUUGGACAGCGCAGACACCGAUAAGGAAAGUGAGCAGAAAGAUCAGGCCACCCGCUCCCUGCGGGGCGUCAUGAGGGUGGGCCUGGUUGCCAAAGGCCUCCUACUGAAGGGGGACCUGGACCUGGAGCUGGUCCUCCUCUGUAAGGAAAAGCCAACCAUCAAUCUGCUGAAGAAAGUGUCUGAAAACCUUGUGGCGCGGCUCAAGGCGAUCACAGAAGAAGAGUACGUGGUCACCCAGCAUAUCCCCGAGGCCAGUAUCGUCAUCACGAACACCAAGGAGCCCCCCCUCACCCUCACCAUCCACCUGACCUCCCCGCUGGUCCGCGAGGACGUGGAGAAGGCCUUGUCCGGAGAAUCGCUUUCAGUCAACGAUCCCCCGGAAGUUCUGGACAGGCAGAAAUGCCUAACUGCCUUGGCGUCUCUCCGCCACGCUAAGUGGUUCCAGGCCAGAGCCAACGGUCUGCGCUCCUGCGUCAUCGUCAUCCGGAUCCUGCGGGACCUCUGCGCCCGCGUCCCCACGUGGGCGCCGCUCCGUGGCUGGCCGCUGGAGCUGAUCUGUGAGAAGGCCAUCGGCACGGGGAACCGGCCCAUGGGGGCGGGGGAAGCUCUGCGCCGAGUCCUGGAGUGUCUGGCUUCUGGCAUCCUCAUGUCGGGUAUAUAUGGGGCCGGAAUCUCCGAUCCGUGCGAGAAGGAGGCCACGGACGCCAUCGGCCACUUGGACUGCCAGCAGAGAGAAGACAUCACAGCGAGCGCCCAGCAUGCCUUGCGGCUGUCGGCGUUCGGACAGCUUCACAAAGUGCUUGGGAUGGAUCCCCUCCCUUCAAAGAUGCCCAAGAAACCCCGCAGCGAGACUCCUAUUGACUACACAGUGCAAAUCCCACCCAGCACGGCGUACGCCCCACCAAUGAAGCGGCCCAUCGAGGAAGAGGAGGGAAUCGAUGACAAGAGUCCAAAUAAGAAGAAGAAAAAGCUGCAGAAGAAAUUUGAGAUGAUGAAUCAACUGAUGGGUGAUAAUAGCAAACACUCUGUUGUGAUGAAAGCUCCGGAGGAGAAGGCCGAGCCGCCCCAGGCCAUGAACGCUCUGAUGAGGCUCAACCAGCUGAAGCCGGGUCUCCAGUACAAGCUGCUCUCUCAGACCGGCCCGAUCCACGUCCCGGUCUUCACGAUGUCCGUGGAGGUGGACAGCAAGACCUUCGAGGCGUCCGGUCCCUCCAAGCGCACCGCCAAGCUGCACGUAGCCGUAAAGGUCCUCCAGGACAUGGGUCUGCCCACCGGAGUGGAGCUGAAGGCGGCGGAGGUGGUGAAACUGGAGGAGGUGGAAGUUCCUGUCGCUGUGGAGGAAUUUAAACCGGUUAAAACACCGGUCGAAGCCCCGGCUGCUGCCGCCGCAGCACCGGCCAACGCCGACGCCACGGACGCCGCAGAGAACGCUCGCCAACAGGGACCGAUUCUCACGAAGCACGGCAAGAACCCCGUGAUGGAGCUGAACGAGAAGCGCCGCGGCCUGAAGUACGAGCUCAUCUCCGAGACCGGCGGCAGCCACGACAAGCGCUUCGUCAUGGAGGUGGAGAUCGACGGCCAGAAGUUUCAGGGCACGGGGUCCAACAAGAAGGUGGCCAAGGCCCACGCGGCGCUGGCCGCUCUGGAUCGCCUCUUCCCCGAGGGCUCCAUGGCCGAGGCCGCCAAAAAGAAGAAAGGGCCGCCCAUGCACACGCCCGGCUUCAACAUGAUGGGGUCCUCCGGGGCCGGUGACACUGCUCCGCCCAGGGGCCGAGGAAGAGGGCGAGGUCGCGGAAAGGGGCGGGGCUUCAAUAACGGAGGAGGCUACAACCAAGGAGGUGGCUUUGGAACGUACAACUACGGAAACAACGCGGUCUCCGGAUACAAUUACAACAACAGUGGCACCAACGGGGGAGCCGGGGCAUCGAACAGCCCGUCGGGUGGCGGCGGCGGCAGCGACGGCCCCCCCACCAGCCCGGGGCCGGGGUCCUCUCAGGCCUCUUACGGCUCCUAUUACCAGAUCGAUGGCGGCUACACCGCCCCGUCCGCCACAAAGAGUGCCAAAAAGAAGCCUAUGAACAAGGGCGGGAAGGCCGCCUUCACGAGUCUCCUGGGGGCGAACAGCGGGACCACCGGGGGGUACCAGUGCAGCAACCCCCCCGGGCAGGGCUCCUAUAACCAGUUCGGCCAGGGCUACGGUCAGGGGAAGAAGACUUUCAGCCAGAACCAGGGGGGGGCGGGCGCAUACUCGUACAGCACGGCCUAUCCCAGCCAGGUGACCGGGGGGGCCGGAGGCAGCCAAGACUACAGCUACGAAGGUUUCAACAACCAGUCCAAUUACAACUCACAAGGAGGUGUGGGAGGAGGAGGAAACGACGACAACGACAACAACCAGGGCUUUGGCACCAACCACUCCCAGUACCACAACCCAGUGGGCUACGGCCGAGAGGACGGCAGCAUGAGCUACCAGUACAGAUAAACUCUCACCGCGCCGCACUCCAGCACGCCGCUGCGUCUCCCGUCUCCAAAGAGCCAGCGCUCUCUGCCCCCCCUCCCCCCUGUUUGCUUCUUCUGUGCGUUUUGAUUUUCCGUGGGCACAAACGGAGACGUCUGAACUUUUCAAAGUCGGAGACGUGCUGCGGCUGAAUUUCGUGGUUGUUCCAGUGGUCCGGUCAGUGCUUAGUCUUGUGUUUUUAGGUUUUUCUUCUUAAAUCUAUGCUACCAGUCCUCUUCGUCACUAUAUGAGGAAGGCUGAUUCCACAAGUUACUCACCGUCUCUGACUUUGUUUCCUUUUCAUUCUAAAGAUCUGUGUGGCGCAGGCAGUUUCCUUUUCUCCUGUGAAACUAGUAAAAAUCUACAACGCUUGUUGUAUUUUCUUUUUUUUAAAUAAUAAUUCAUGAGAAUGCGAGAAUAGCUUGUUCUGUUUCUGCAUUGCUUGUAAUUCCGGCUCAUUUUGUAAUUUACCUAAUGUGAUGUAGUUAUUUUAAUGAAUGUUUUUUUUUGGGGAGUUUACCGGAAAAUAAACUUACAUUCUGAUAAGUUCACAUUUCUGCUCAAUGUAGCAUUUUCAUUGGGUUGGAUUUGUUCCUGUUAAUGUAUAACCAAGUGUUUGUAUGAAAUGAUUUUUAUUUUGAAAUUUAUUAAAGUUCGACUUUAAAGUA